UAUCUCAGCAACUUCAACAUGUAUAGAUACAUCUCUGAACUUGGAUUUAGAACACCAGCCAUAAUAAAUUCUCUGAAAAUCUUCAUUAGAGAUUUUAAAGAUGUACCAUCUGUUUCAGUAACAAAAUUAAAUUCUGAACAAAUAUACUCUGCUCUUGAGAUUCAUUCUCUACCCUGGUAAACAUCUAGUGAUUCAACAAAACUUACUAAAGAAUUCAAAUUCAAUUCAUUCAAAGAAACUUUUGCAUUCAUGGGAUCAAUUUCUACAAUCGCCGAUGAAAUGCAUCGUAAGAUAUUAGAAUCUAUCAUUAUUAGAUUAUCCUAAAUGGACAUAAAAAGAAAACGUAGCUAAUGUAGAGAUAACAACACCUGAAUGCUCUGGUGUCUCUGUUAAAGAUAUUCUUAUGGCCUACACUAUGGAAUAAUUGGCAAAUGAAGUCUCUACUACUAAAAUUACAUCUGUUUGUGAUGGACCCAAAGUUAUUGAUUCGUAAAUACUACAAAAUUGGAACUCAAAUUUCUCUAAAACUGAGGAAAUGCUCCAAAGUUUUUAGAAAACUACAGCUCAACUUUGAUUUUAUAUCAAUAUAUUAUAAUUUCUUCACAUAAUUUAC